AUGAACCCGGUCGCUUGCGAGGUGAUCGCUCGCCAAAUUGCGGUCUGGCCGACCAUUUUUGAAGCCUUGGAGAAGACUUUGGAGGAGGACGCGGCAGGUGCCAUCAAUACCGACAAUCGGUCUUGGGACGAACGCUUGCAGCUCGUCCGUUGGGCCAGCAUGCGCGUUGGACAUGACGGGCGCGGAGGUGGAUGCCGAGUUGCAUCCGCCGAUGGCAAGUAUUGA